CUUUGCGUUUGGUAUUUUUGACCACUACGGUCCAAAACCACGAGUUUGGUUUUUUGGAUUUAUAGUUUGUUUAGAACACAUUUAAAACAGAAACAAACAUUUAAUGGCUCGAAAGCGGAAGAUUCCCGUGCGCAAGCACCACGGCAUCCGGGAUCCCCUCAAGCAGCAGGAGCAGAAGGAGAAAAAGCUUUCCAAAGUAACCAACAAUCCGCCCGUGAAGAAGGACGAGCAGCAGGUGUCCUUCAAAUUUCGGCAGUUCCAGCAGCUGGCCGAUGCCACCAAGACCGGCAAGAAGCUGAAACUGGGCCAGAUUGGCCGGGAGGACAGACCGAAGUCCGGUCCAAGUGGCAAAUCCAGUGGCAGUGCCGCCUCCAAGGAAACGCGGAACAUCAAGCAGUUUGCCAACGAGACAGACGAGGAUUACUUGCGUCGUGUGAACCGCAUAACCAGUGCAUCCGUCCGGGAAGCCCACUACGAGGCCAAGUACGGUGUGAACGUGAUAAGGAACCCCAAGACCGGCGAGAUUACGAUCCAGAAGAGGCCCAAGAACGAGAUCGACGAGCUGCUCAAGCAGAAGCAAAAGGAGCAGCGCCUGGCGGGGAAAAAGGGUCGCAAGAAGACACAAGUAGUACAGAAAGCCCUUUUGGAUGCUAAAACCAGCCGGGAACUGGUCAAGAGGGCUUACAAGGAGGCCCAGCAAGAGGUCGAUUCGGAGGAGAAGCAAAAUGCCGGACCAACCGAAUACAAACGAGAUGUGGUGGCCUUCGGGGAGAUCGUACAUGCUCCUCCCUCCCUCAAAACCCUGCCGCGCAAGGCGGAAAAAAGUGAGACAGUUCCGCGACCAGGACGCAAGGCAAAUCUCCUCCUCAAAUCCAUGCUAGAUCCGGACAAAAGCCAGUCAAACGAGCAGGAUCCGGAUGACAGUAGUCGCUUAAAGGUGGCCGCCCAAUCCAAGAGCCCCUUCAAAGAGCCGACGAAGGCGCAGAUGAAGGGCAAGCGAAAGGAUCUGCCCCUGGCCACAAGGUCUAUGCUGGAGUCCGAGCGCAAUAAAAUGGUUCUACUUUACCGCCAGCUUAAAAACAAGACGACAGCGGAUGCCUGAAGAGACUAGACUAGACUUACAACGUAAAUGUUAUUUUUUACCCUCAAUACCUUAACUAAUGACUUAUGUAUGCUACAUUUAUGCAUUUGUUACCUACUGAAAUUGAAGAGAGUUUCGGUAUAGAAUGUUUGAAGGAUACGAUUUUUAUUAAAUCUAUUUUUUUUACCAAAAAAAUCUGAAAACAUAUAGUUUUAUCCUAUUUGUUAAUACCACAAAUUAAGCAAUUGUUGGGUACAGUAGGUUUUGGAAAAUUUUUGACCAAGUUACACCAAUAAAGCUGAAAGAAAAAAAUCGGAUUUUCGCCAAAAAACUAAGAUCAUUUUACUACUCCU